AAAACGUAACCGGGGGUUACCGGAUGAUGGAUGGCGGAGCCGUAACGCAGCGGACAGUAUCCAGUGGAAAUUCAGUGACUACAACUACAUGGAAGCAACCUACAAACUCUUCAGAGUCACCAUUCAAGGAUAAAGGUGGUUUAUUGGUAUCGCAGCGACAGGAAACCAUGGCAACACCUGCAGAGCUGCUGGCAACCUUAGAGGAUUUGGCAGAAGGAGAGUUUAAAAAGUUCAAAUGGUUCCUGCAGCAGGCUGACAUCUUAGAAGGCUUUCCGGCAAUUCCAAGGAGCCAUUUAGUCAGCGCAGACAGGCUGGACACAGUGGAUGAGAUCAUUGACACCUAUGACAAAAAGGCAGUGGAGGUCACCAUCAAAGUUUUGAAAGAAAUCAAAAAGAAUGACUUGGUGCAGCGUUUGUCAAAUAUCAACUCAACAUCCAAAGAGGCUCUCACUGAUUGCCAGCGCAAACUCAAGUUUGACCUGAGGAAAAAGUUUCAGCACUUGUUUGUUCAGUCCACAAAAUCUGGGAAGCAGAUGUUGAUGAAUGAGAUCUACACUGAGCUCCAUAUCACAGAUGAAAAUUUGGAGCGCACUGUCAAUAUAGGAAACUUACUUGAACUCUCGCCUGGUCAAGAUGGAUCACUUAGAACAUUAAUGUUGAAAGGAGUGUCUGGUAUUGGGAAAACAGUCACGACACAGAAGUUUGCCCUGGAUUGGGCUGAGGACAAAGUUAACAGCAAUAUACUGUUCAUCUUUCCAUUCACUUUCCGAGAGUUGAAUUUGCUGAAGGGGAAGAAAUACAGCUGGCUGGAUCUGCUUCAUCACUUCUUUGCUGACACCAAAGGAGCAGGAACAUGCAGAUUCGACAAAUUCCCGAUUAUGUUUAUCCUUGAUGGUCUGGAUGAGUGUCAGCUUGCUUUGGACUUCCACAACAACGAGAUCCUGACUGAUGUCACUGACUCAGCUUCAGUGGACGUGCUGCUGACAAACCUCAUUAUGGGGAAACUCUUCCCUUGUGCCCACGUCUGGAUAACCACAACUCCUGAGGCAGCUGGUCGAAUCCCUCGAGAGUCCAUUGACAUGGUGACAGAGUUGAGAGGAUUCUCUGAUCCAAAGCAGGAAGAGUACAUCAGGAAGAGAUUCAGGAAUAAGGAACUGGCCAGCAGAAUCAUCUCCCAUAUCAAGAGAUCACGAAGCCUGCACAUCAUGUGCCACAUCCCUGUCUUCUGUUGGAUGACUGCGACAGUUCUGGAGGAUGUGUUGAAAACAGGUGACAGAGGAGAGCUUCCCAAGACUCUGACUGAGAUGUACAUACACUUCCUGCUAGUUCAGACCAAACUGGCAAAUGUCAAACAUCAUGGAAGAGCUGAGACGGAUCCAAUCUGGAGCACAGAGACCAGCACAAUGAUUCUGGCCCUGGGGAAACUGGCUUUUGAGCAGCUACAGAAAGGAAAUCUGAUCUUCUACGAAGAAGAUCUAGUGGAGUGUGGCAUUGACAUUGGAGCCGCUUCCAAGUACUCAGAAGUCAUCUCAGAGAUCUUUAAAGAGGAUCGAGGGCUGCACCAGGACAGGCAAUUCUCCUUUGUCCAUUUUAGCUUUCAGGUGUUCCUGGCUACUAUUCAUGUCAUAGUGUCAUUCAUCAACUCAGGUAUCAACCUCCUGUCUGAGGAACAAUCAGCCUCCAAACAGUCUGUGCUCACCACAGAGCAAUCAGCAGUAAACCAACUCUACCAGUCAGCAGUCAACAAGGCUAUGCAGAGUUCAAAUGGACACUUGGACUUGUUCCUGCGCUUUCUCAGUGGUCUUUCACUACAAAACAACCAAGAACUACUCCAAGACCUAUUGAAACAACCAGGAAGUAGCCUACAGAGCAAUCAAGACACAGUUCAGUAUAUCAAAAAGAAGAUCAGGGAGAAUCCCUGUCCAGAGCGAUGCAUCAACCUGUUUCACUGUCUGAAUGAGCUGAAGGAUCAGUCUCUAGUUGAAGAGAUCCAACAGUACCUCAGUUCAGGAUGUUUGUCCUCAAACAAACUGUCUCCUGCUCAGUGGUCAGCUCUGGUCUUCAUCUUACUGUCGUCAGAGAAUGACUUUGAGGUGUUCGACCUGAAGAAAUUCACUGCUUCAGAGAAGGGUUUUCUGAGAUUGCUGCCAGUGGUUCAGGCUUCCCGUCUAGCUAUGCUGAGUGGCUGUAAUCUGUCUCUGAGAAGCUGUGAAGCUCUGGCCUCAGUUCUUGGCUCCAAGUCUUCUUAUCUGAGAGAACUGGACCUGAGUUACAACCCCAUAGUGAAUCAUGGUUUCAAGGAGCUCACAAGGGGGUUGACGGAUCCACAGUGCAAACUGGAGACUCUCAGGCUGAGUAGCUGUGAGCUGGAAUCCCAGAGUUGUGAAUAUCUGUCUUCAAUCCUGAGUUCCCAGUCUUCCAGUCUUAGAGGGCUGGACCUUACUAACAACUGUCUGACGGAUUCAGAAGUGGAGCUGCUCUCUGUAGGAUUGGAGAGUCCACACUGUAGACUGGAGACCCUCAGAUUGAUUGGCUGUGGGCUGACAUGGAGAAGGUGCGAUGCUGUGGCCUUUUUCCUUAACUCCCAGUCAUCUUGUCUGAAAAAGCUGGACCUUAGUAUGAACAAACUGCAGGAUUCAGGAGUGCAGGUGUUCAGUGCUGGACUGAAGAGUCCACACUGUAAACUGGAAACUCUCAGGGUAAGAGCUUGUGACCUGUCAGGAAAAAGCUGUGAAGCUCUGGCCUCGGUUUUCACCCUCCAGACCUCCAGCUUGCGAGUGCUGGACUUGACCAACAACAGCCUGGAGGAUUCAGGAGUGAAGUUCCUUUCUGCUGGACUGCAGAGUCCUCACUGUACCCUGGAAUGUCUCAGGUUGAGUCACUGUCUGCUGUCAGAGAGAAGUUGUGAAUCUCUGGCCUCAGCUCUCAGCUCUCAGCCCUCCAGUUUGAAAGAGUUGGACCUCAGUAGCAACGACCUGCAGGAUUCAGGAGUGAAGCUUCUUUCUGUUGGACUUGAGAGUCCUCAGUGUAGACUGGAAACUCUCAGGCUGUCAGGCUGCCUGGUCACAGAGGAAGGCUGUUGCUCUCUGGCCUCAGCUCUGAGCUCCAACCCCUCCCAUCUGAGAGAGCUGGACCUGAGCUACAAUCAUCCAGGAGACACAGGGGUGACUCUCCUCUCUGCUGGACUGAAGGAUCCACAGUGGAGACUGGAAACUCUAAAAGUGGACCAUGGUGGAGAGCAGAGGUUACAACGUGGCCUGCAGAAGUAUCGAUGUGAACUCACACUGGACCCAAACACAGCACACAGACAGCUUAAACUGUCUGAGGACAACAAACGAGUGGAUUAUGUGGAGGAGGAACAGUUCUAUCCUUUUCAUCCAGAGAGAUUUCAUUGCUUAAAACAGCUGCUGUGUAGAAACGCUUUGACUGGGCGCUGUUACUGGGAAAUUGAGAUUAAGGGACUGGUUGACAUAGCAGUGACUUCCAGGGGAAUCAGCAGGAGAGGACGUGGUUUUGAUUGCACAUUUGGGGUGAAUGGCAAGUCCUGGAGUCUGCUGUUCUACGUCAUGCACAAUAACAUAGAGACAGAGAUACGUCGCCCUCACAAAGAUAGUAAAAAGGUAGCAGUGUAUCUAGACUGGCCUGCUGGCUCUCUGUCCUUCUACAGCGUCUACUCUGACUCACUGGCACACGUCUACACUGUCUACUCCAGAUUCACUGAACCCCUCUACCCUGCGUUUGCAUUUGAGUUUUCUUCUGUUGGGCCGAGCAGGUCAUGGAUUGGUUCCUCACUGUCUCUGUGUCAGAAAGAUUAGGGAACAGAAUCUGUCAGACAGAGUGCAGAAUUCUGAUGCUGUUAGGAGUGUUAUCCACUCUAAAUCUCCAGAAGAAUUGUUUCAGAAAUACCAAACCCAGUUCAGGGUGACUUUUAGGAGUGUUCAUUUUGCAUUAGCAGUAAGUUAAUGCAGCUCCACUACAGACAAGAAACAGUGAAAGAUGAUUCAGUGAGAUAAAACAAUGGAUUAUAUGCAUGCCGUACAUGGAAAGAUAAACUGAAUCCAGCAGAAGAAUGCUUUACUUAAUAGUUACUUAUUGUAAGUACAUUAAAGGGCUUUUGCAUAAAAAAAUGAUGACCAUAAAUAUAUUAAAAACUCGGGUUUGUAGUGUCAGGCGAGCUAUAUUACGAAAAGAUUUCUGUAUAAAAAUGACUAGAUGUUUGUUGCACAUUUCUUUCUACAAAUAAACAAACAAACAAAAAAAAGCAUGGUACAAAUAUGGCCAGAAGUUGUAUCUCUUCUGAUACAAUGAUCUUUUUUCACACACUUUUUUUUUUCAAAUUUUUGUUCACCAAGUAUGUUCAUGUGUAGAUUCUUUUUAUUCUAUUUCUUACCUUUUGAAUUAUUUUGUUUAUUUUUCACUAUUGUUACAGUUUUUUAAAAUACUACUAUCCUUUUACUGCUGUGGCAAAGAAAUUUCUCUGUUUGUCGGACAAUAAAGAAAUACUGAUUCUGAUUCCGAUUGUGGCAAUGCAAUAUUUAUAUGACAUAAUCACAGUACUGCAUUGCAGUAUUACAGCAAUCUUUGCAUUGUAUUUACAAUAAAAUUGCAAUCUUUUUGACCAACAAAACCUAGCCGUUA